AUGUUGAGAAAAGGUGUUGAAGAUACCGCUUGCGGAGCUGCGGGUUUCAGGAAAACCGUUGGAGAAUUUCCGAGUAAUACAGAAAAGGAUGGAGAAAGACAAGGAAACCGCCAAAAGGUCCCAGUGUGGCAGGACGUUCGAGAUUGCGUUUCUUCCCUUCUCUCUCUGUAUCCCUCUGAACCUGCUUUCUCUCUCUCUCUCUCUCUCCCUCCAAUGGAAGAGGGAAGGAUUCUCCAUUACAGAAACUCUGCUAACGAUUUCUUAUCUCGGUUCGAGCCAAUCGUCCUCCUCGUGUCUCCGAUUCUUACUCUCCUUCUUGCUCGCUUCGUCCACCUCGUCUUGUGCUUCGUGCGCGAGAACGGACUCCGGGGUCCCAUCGUCCAACUGGGUGUGAAGGCGAUCAAAUUGAUCCCGAGCGUGAAGAAGUACAUUGAAGGAGAGAAGAAGAAGGUCGUUGAGAAGCUUAGUGCGAGUGUGAAGUCUAAGAAGGAGAGCUGGAGAUCGGAACUGCCAAGGGUUGGGUUGGGGAGUGGCGUUAUAGAGGAAUUGGAGGCCGAGAAGAGGAAGGACGUUGCAUGGAGAGAGAAAUGCUCCGGCACGGUGUAUAUUGGUGGUCAUGAAUCAGAGGGCCAUUUUGCGCUGACGAACGAUGCGUAUUCGAUGUUUGCACAUACCAAUCCUUUACAUGUGGACAUAUUCCAAAGUGUGGCCCGAUUUGAGGGGGAAGUGAUAUCCAUGACAGCUUCACUUCUUGGGAGUAGAGAGAAGGCUUCUGGAGGACAGAUAUGUGGUAAUAUGACAUCUGGUGGCACUGAAAGCAUAUUGCUUGCAGUGAAGACAUCACGUGAUUAUAUGAGAAUAAAAAAGGGAAUCACAUGCCCGGAAAUGGUGAUUCCUGAGUCUGCUCACUCUGCAUAUGACAAAGCUGCUCAAUAUUUUAAAAUCAAACUUUGGCGAGUCCCUGUUAAUGCAGAAUUCCAGGCUGACGUGAAGAAAAUCAAACGCUUUAUAAACAAGAACACAAUUAUGAUUGUUGGUUCUGCUCCUGGGUUUCCACAUGGUAUUAUUGACCCUAUUGAAGAGCUCGGUGAUUUGGCAUCUAAGUCCGACAUUUGCUUUCAUGUGGACCUUUGUCUUGGUGGCUUUGUGUUGCCUUUUGCUCGUAAACUUGGGUAUCCAAUUCCUCCUUUUGAUUUUUCUGUGGAGGGAGUGACAUCAAUUUCUGCGGAUGUGCAUAAAUAUGGAUUAGGUCCAAAGGGUACAAGCAUUGUGUUGUAUAGAAAUCGUGAGAUCCGUAAGCAUCAAUUUGUCGCUGUUACUGAAUGGUCUGGUGGGCUUUAUGUUUCUCCAACUGUAGCUGGUAGCAGGCCUGGUGGUUUGAUCGCUGGAGCUUGGGCUGCUAUGAUGUCAUUGGGGUUAGAAGGAUACCUUGAAAAUACACGAAAAAUCAUGGAAGCUUCAAAGAGCAUACAGAAAGGGAUUAAGGAAAUACCUGAGCUAUUUAUCGUUGGAAGGCCAGAUAUGACUGUUGUUGCUUUCGGUUCAAAUGAGAUUAACAUAUUUGAGGUGAAUGAUAUUAUGUCAUCUAGAGGAUGGCAUUUGAAUGCAUUGCAGAGACCAAGCAGCAUUCACAUCUGCAUCACCCUCCAGCAUAUUGCAGUCGUUGAACACUUUUUAAGAGAUUUACGACAAUCUGUAAAAAUUGUAAAAGAGAACCCCGGUUCACUUGAUGGUGGCCUUGCUCCCAUAUAUGGUGCUGCAGAGAAAAUGCCUGACAGGGGUAUGGUGAAGGAUCUUAUUAUUGCUUACAUGGAUAAUACUUACUAAUUGCUUGGGGAACACAAGGCAUAUUGAUGCAAGAAGCAUCAGCGUACAUUCAGCAAGCCUUUGCUGCAUUACUCGUUUGCAUUAUUAAGCACUUUUCUCUGUAAUUAUAUUUUAUUACCAUUUAAUGAAAAGUGAUUGGUUCA